AUGGCAUAUGCAGACAAUACAGCCAAUAUUCAAUAUCAACAUAGCACUAUCCGAGAAGUUUUAUUAAAUCAACUCGAACAAAUCGCUCGACAAAAUUCAGGAUCGUUUUUCAAACCCAUUUAUUUACUCGAUAGUGUUGAUGAGAAUAAUUCAAGUCAAUUGGAACAAAAAUUACGUGAAGAAUGCCAAGAACAUUUCGGAAAACGUACUAUCAUCAUUCCAUAUCUUUUGCAAACUUCACAAUGUCUUAUCAUUUUAAUGGAAUUUCAAGAAAAUGGGCAUAUUCUUCGAGCCAAAUACACUAGUUCAUUUAUUGAAUCGAAUUCAAUAGCAAAUCAAUUACAAAUACAAAUUAAUAAGAUUUAUCCAUCCAUUAUUCUUCAAAAAAUCGACUGGAUCAAUGAUAAUGAUUUCAAAAUUGCAUUGAAAUUAAAUCUUAAUAGUUUAUUAUCAACUAUCGAAAAUGAUCAGUCAUUUACGAUGAUUAAUCAAUCCAUUCCAAAUCAAGAUAAUGAACAUACACUCGAAGACUUAGAACAACAAUUAAAUAAUGGUCUUAAAGAACUAAAAAUUCGAGAUAUUAAUGUCUUACCACAAAGAAUACAGAGAAUACAAAACCGAAUAAAAGAGUAUGAAGAAGAGGAAAGAAUAGAAGAGGCGAACAAUGAAAAAGAAUAUUUAAGAAAACUCCAACAAUUGCAAAACCUUGUCGAUAAAAUAUCUCGAUUAAAAUCUGCAGAAUCUAGUAAUAAAAACGAUCAACAGUCUGAACUUCUUCAGUUAAAACAAAAACUGAGCAAAAGUUUCGCAAAAAUGAAAAUUCAAGAUGAAAAAGUAUUAAUAGAAAAAAUACAGAAAAUAAAACAACGAAUUCAAGGAUUUCAAGAUGAGGAUAGGCUGGAAGAGGCAGUAAAGGAAACUGAUCAUUUGGGUAAACUCGAAGAUAUACAAAAUCUUGUUGAUGAAAUAGCUAAGUUAAGUUCGAAUAACUCUGAAUCAAAUCAAGAUAAUGAGUCGCAUACACUUCAUUCAGCUGAAAUUUUACCUAAUCUAGUGAUAAAUGAGAAUAUUCAACAACGAGUAUUUUCAAGAUAA